AUGAAUGGAAAGGCAUUCCAAUUUAGCAAUCCGUCCACUCUAUGAGGCAGCUGCCAGACGCGAGGCUGUUGUCGUGCAAACAAAAUUUGGCCAGUGAACCCCAUGUCUACUCUACCGCCCUUCCUGACUGAGGUAUAUAGACUUGAACUUGCUCAACUGGUCGGACUCGUCUUCAAUGUGGGACUACAGUCUGCAUUGACAGUACAAACUUAUGUUUACCAUGUCUGCUUUCCUGAUGAUCCCUUAAUUCAAAAGUGCCUGGUCUAUCUCGUAUGUAUCUACGAGUGGGUCCAGACUGGAUUGGUGGUCGUGAAGGUUUUUCAUUCCGUGCAUGAGGCAAUACUAUCGGGGAACAAUCAGGAUCUUCAAGUUUUCUGCAGCUUAUUGGAUCAAUGGGGCAUCAUCUAUAUCAUGUGUGCUAUCCAAUCAGCCGCGGUGCAAGCGUACUUUGCUCGCCGUAUCUACAUCCUCUCCCGGUCGCGCAUUACAACAGGAUUUGUCAUUGUGAUGGCGUUGGCACAGAUGUGCUCAGGGAUCAUCUUCGGCGUUAGUACGUUAAUUGAAGGCUUGAGCACAACAGUGACCUACGGUGCAAAUAUUUCUUGGCUUGUUGGAAGCGCUGUAGCCGACCUGACAAUUGCGAUAACGCUCGUCAUUUUGUUCCAUAAAAUGAAGAAUGGGCUGAAGCAGACUGAUAUUCUCAUGAAGCGUCUAGCUCGUGUGGUCAUUGAAACAGGCACAUUGACGGCCACCACCGCCAUUGUCGCUUCCGUUCUGUUGUUCAUGGCACCGGCGGAGUCGGGCCCAGACUGGGCAGUAUGUCUACUGCUCUUUCUCUCAAAGCUAUACGCCAAUUCGGUACUGUUCACCCUGAACAACCGUGCCAUCAUCAAGUCUACGCAAGAUGAAGACGGAAGAACCGCCAUCAUGCUCAGCCCGACCGUCACCCACUUGCACAAUCACAAUCAUCCACUGGAAAUUGUGGCAGAUGAACAGCGCAGCCCGAUUGUCAUCUCUAUCGUUCGGGAAGAAGACGUCUAUACCAGCGCGGUCAAGCAUGAGGAAAGUGUAUGAUCCGCCGCCGCCAGUAGGAAGGCCGACUUUCGUGAACGACGUGACAGAACGCUAUAGACUCACACCGGCAGCUUACAAAGUACUGUAAUCU